UUUACCGAAGCGGUCAUACUUUUCGUUGGCAAAAAUGUUACCCAAGAUACUCUUUGUUACGUUAGUCCUAUGCACGAGAUGUUUCACACCGGAGGCAACUUCUUCAGCAAGAUACUAUUGUGAACAAUUGGAUGCGAUGGAGUAUUACUUUGUUAAUGUUUGGACAGAUCAAUUUGCGAAUUAUGACUUCUCGUGUGAUUACGCGCAUUACUACGAUAAUGCUAAAAUUAGUUUUUUCUCUUCUAAAAUGAGUGAAAUUCCACAUAAAUUAUUCGAAAUGUAUGACAACAUAGAUAAACUUUCUCUCGUAGAUUGUGGCAUUGAACAAGUUUCACGCAGAAGCCUAAACGAGGCAGCACGAUUGACAGAUCUAGAUCUGUCUCGCAAUAAAAUUACGGAGCUACGAAAUUAUGCCUUUGAGGGUGCCAGUAAACUACAAACGCUCAACCUUACCGCAAAUAACAUCAGCGUCAUUGAAGAUAAGUCUUUUAACUCCGUGAGAGCAUUGCGAGUAUUACUGUUGGGUGGCAAUAGCUUAAAAUCCUUCAGUGCGGCAGUGAUAGUGGAACUAACAGCACUCGAAGCAAUCGUUCUUGCCAACAACCAGCUGCAGGAACUUGAGAAUAGACUGUUUGCUAGAAACGAAGCCCUCAAAAUCGUUCAUAUACAAAACAAUUCUCUCACCAAAUUUGCCGAAGAAACAUUUUGCAACCCAAAAGAGUGUAAUGAUUUAAAUUUAGAUGAGCUUGUGUUGAACAACAACAAUAUAAAGGAGCUCAGCCUUCCAAAUAUUAAAGUAACAAUUCUAAGAGUGAAGAACAACCUGCUGAAUCAACUUCAUAUAUCGACGACGGUAAAGGAACUCAGUUGCUCGCAUAACAAAAUUUCAGAAAUAGUAAUGGCCAACGCUUCAGAGUCAAUGCUAGCUCUUCUGGACAUAACAAACAAUUCGGUAUCUUCUCUCGAAUUCAUUGCUCAGUUUCGCCAUUUGCAUACAUUAUAUCUUGGUCUCAAUCCAGUGAAUUCACUAAAUGUGACUAGUUUUGCAUCUUUAUCCCAGUUAAAAACUCUUGGUUUGCAAGAGACCAACAUUUCAAACUUGCGCCAUGGCAUAUUCGGCCAUCAGGAGCAGCUGGAAUGGCUUGAUCUUUCCUUCAAUAGCUUAGACCAUGUAGAUAUGCUCAUGCUAGCUUCUUGUGCCCAAUUGAAUACCAUUUAUCUCGAUGGUAAUCGCCUAAAAUCAAUUGACUACGAACAGAUGAAAACCUAUUUCCCGCAGCUGAAGCUGCUCGGUAUCGCCGGUAAUGAUUGGAAUUGCACGUAUCUUGCUAAAUUUGUGCGCUACUGUUCCACCCAAUCUAUUGAAUUACACAAACCACACACCUCCGUGUCCCCACGUGAUCAACCCAGCGUAAAAGGCAUUUACUGCCUGGACGAUAAGCAUACGACCCACAAUUGGACCGCUACGAUACAGGAGCUUCACAGUGCGUACAACGAGAGUGGUAGAUCGGACGAUGCCGCUCUAACAGAACUGUUCCAGAGCAUAAUGGCGGAUGUGAAACGCUACGGAGAUGAUCACUCGAGAACAAUCAACCAAACCUCCCGUCUCGAGGCAGCAUUGUUUGAUUUGACGAAACAACAAUUUCUGCUGCAAAAAGAUGUGAAUACGAUUCGCGAAACCCUGCUCAAGAUGGAGCUCUCGCAGCUGUCCAAUCGUACCAACGAUUCUUCCUACAGCAGCGAAGAUCUGAAGCGCAUGAUAGAGACCGUCAACAAUUUGACGCUCGAUAAGCAGGAGCUCAGUGCGAAAAAGUUAGAGUUCAGCAUCUACGAGCAGUCGUUCAAAGUGGAUAAGGCGCUCGAGAUGGCGAAGGAGAUCGGCGCGAAGCUCACGAUACUGGACAAACGGAUGGAACAGUGGAUUGCUAAUAUUAUCAACUCGGAAGGGGCCGGUUUCUAUGCAAAGCCGUUGAUGCAGGCUCAGCGUUUGUCUGAUGAUAGCAUAAAGGAUGCACAAGGGCAUGGCAGUAACAGUAGCGUAAUGGCAGCAGUUCUAUUCAUGACGGGCCUGAAUCUGACCCUUAUUGUUGGUUUCUUAGGUUACUUGAUCUAUCGUAACAGAAGUCGUUCGCUCUUCACAAAACAUAGACGCAAUGUUCGCGAAGGCUGCAGUAUGACAACAAUCAUGGAUGAUCAAAUAUGAACUUAGCUUCAAUAACUUUAUCACGAA